UUUCUUUUUUUUUUUCCCUUGGUCUUCUAUGAAUACCCACCCAACUCUACCUUUCUCCCUCUCUCUCUCAUUGCUCCUCUGAUUCACCCAAUUUUUCUGUCCUCUUUUUUCUCAUAGAGGAGCCUCUGAGCCUGCUCAGGUGUUCCUUGUCAAGAUCUUUUGGUGUUGAGGUGCAAAGGGAAAGAGCAAAAGAUGAAUCAGUGUGGUUAUCAGCAGAAGAAGGCCUUGACAAGCUGUGAGGAGAUGAGGAUGGAAUCCGUGGUGUGCCCUAAACCUCGAAGAUUGGGCCUCUUUGAUAACCACAUCAGACCCUUCAGGCCACCCUUCAUCAACUACCAAUCAGAAUUUGAAGAUUCAGGAGUUGGGGCUGAGCUUCUUGAUAUUAUUCUUCCCAAGGGAGGGUGCUAUGCUGAGAGAUCUGGGGUCCAGGUGGCAUCAUCACCCCCAUUUUUCUGUGGAUCUCCACCUAGCAGGGCUUCAAACCCUGUGAUCCAAGAUGAGCAAUUUGGUAAUGGUAAUGAGAGUUUUGGUCCAUUUUCCUUGGCACCCCCUUCACCAUCUUCCACAGCUAGAGGUUGUGUUAGGAUGAAGUUUGGUCACACCCCAGCUGCAGUGAGGAUUGAAGGUUUUGAUUGCCUCAGCAGGGAUAGGCGCAAUUGCAGCAUUUCUGCUGUUGCCUGAUUCUAUUUUAAAUCAAAGAUUUAAAAAAAAUAAACAACAAAGAAAAAGAAGUCAGAGGAAGAUUUAAGAAUCACCAAAGUUCUAAGAGCAGAGGAGAUUUUUGGGACUGAGGAGCUAAUCUUAAUUUUCAAUCUUAUUGUAUUAUAUGUAUAUACUGGUCUAUGGAAGUUGUUCAUGAGUUAAUUAAGGUGUCAUGAUGUAUAAUUGAGAGAUGGUGGAGAUUUUAUUUUCUUAGUUUUAUCAUCCUUUUUGAAGAAUAAUAAAAAGGGGACACAUCAAGGGAAAGAAAAAGACUAGCAAAAGUCUUGUUCUUCUCUCUUGUUAGGUUUAUAUGAUGGGGUCUUUGGAUUGAAACUUUCAUGUGAGUUUCAUGGAGAGUCUGUAACUUCUUUUAUGUAAUCUGAAACUCAGAUCCUCCUUUUGUAAUUGUAAUGUGGAGGAAAUUGAGGAUUUAUCUUUGGAAAUCUUGUAAAAUAUAUUUUUUGUGGGUGCCCUGUUUUCAGGUGUCGCCUAUUUGAUAAUAUAAAAGAAAAAUAUUGUUCAUACUU